AUGUUGCGAUCCUGCUGUUAUCGGCCAUUGGAGAGGUAUCUGGGGAGGCGGAGCAGUGACGGAUUACUGUGGCACCUUGACCUGAAGCCGCACGCCUCCGGCGACUUCUCGAUCGCUGCCGUACAAGCCAAUUCCAGCAUGGAGGACCAGAGUCAGGUCUUCACGUCGCCGUCCACCACCUAUGUUGGAGUCUACGAUGGCCAUGGUGGACCCGAAGCCUCCCGCUUCGUCAACCGCUACCUCUUUUCUUAUCUCCAUAAAUUUGAAACUGAGCAAGGGGGCCUAUCAGCAGAUGUGAUAAAGAAGGCAUUUUAUGCAACAGAAGAGGAUUUUACUCUAUUAGUGAAGCAAUCGUUGCCAGUCAAACCACAGAUUGCUUCAGUUGGAUCGUGUUGUAUUCUUGGUGCAAUUUCAGAUGGCGAAUUGUACAUAGCGAAUUUAGGUGACUCAAGAGCGGUUCUUGGCAGGAGAGGUUUUGAUGGGGAGAGGAAUUUGGUGGUGGCUGAACGGUUGUCAACUGAUCAUAAUGUUUCAUCUGAGAAAGUGAGGAGGGAGGUACAAUCACUUCAUCCAGAUGAUUCUUCGAUAGUGUUCCAAUGCCAUGGAGUUUGGAGAAUCAAGGGCAUAAUUCAGGUAUCGAGAUCAAUUGGUGAUGUUUAUCUCAAGAAACCCGAGUUUAGCAGAGAUCCAAUUUUCCGACAAUUUGCAAAUCCUUUCCCCAUGAAGAGACCAGCAUUAACAGCUGAACCCUCCAUUAUAACUAGAAAGCUUAGGCCACACGAUUUGUUUUUAAUAUUCGCUUCAGAUGGCCUCUGGGAACAUCUCAGUGACGAAGUAGCAGUUCAAAUUGUAUUUAAACACCCAAGAGCUGGAAUAGCUAAGAGACUGGUAGUAGCUGCACUCGAGGAGGCUGCUAAGAAGAAGCAAAUGAGUUGUAAGGACCUUAAUAAGAUCGAAAAGGGAAUCAGACGUCAUUUCCACGAUGAUAUUACUGUGAUUGUGAUUUAUCUUGAUCAUCACAAAAAGUCUUCCAGUUCCAAUCACAAAGAAGGUACUCUUGGCUACAUCACUGCCCCUGUUGACAUUUUCUCCAAUAAUUUUGAUGAAGUCGUUGAAAAUUCAUCCGACAAGAUUUUAACGAGAGUCGUAUACUGA